AUGAGUGUGAUGUUCCCGUCCACCUAUGAUCGAAUUGAACCUUUAGCUAAACCCGUGUCCAACUGUGAGAAUGUUGAACAAAAUCUAGCACCCGAAAAAAUUAUAGGACCACCUACCUCCAGUAUAGCACCACCUACCUCUAGUGUAGCACCACCUACCUCUAGUGUAGCACCACCUACCUCUAGUGUAGCACCACCUACCUCUAGUGUAGCACCACCUACCUCUGGUGUAGCACCACCUACCUCUAGUGUAGCACCACCUACCUCUGGUGUAGCACCACCUACCUCUAGUGUAGCACCACCUGCCUCUAGUGUAGCACCACCUACCUCUAGUGUAGUUAUAGCACCACCUACCUCUAGUGUAGCACCACCUACCUCUAGUGUAGCACCACCUACCUCUAGUGUAGCACCACCUACCUCUAGUGUAGCACCACCUACCUCUGGUGUAGCACCACCUACCUCUAGUGUAGCACCACCUACCUCUGGUGUAGCACCACCUACCUCUAGUGUAGCACCACCUGCCUCUAGUGUAGCACCACCUACCUCUAGUGUAGCACCACCUACCUCUAGUGUAGCACCACCUACCUCUAGUGUAGCACCACCUACCUCUGGUGUAGCACCACCUACCUCUAGUGUAGCACCACCUACCUCUAGUGUAGCACCACCUACCUCUAGUGUAGCACCACCUACCUCUAGUGUAGCACCACCUACCUCUAGUGUAGCACCACCUGCCUCUAGUGUAGCACCACCUGCCUCUAGUGUAGCACCACCUACCUGCCUCUCCAAUAUUCACCAGCAUAAUUGA